AUGAAGCUCACCCUCGGUAACUGGGCCGCCGUGCCCCUCGCUGUGCUCGCCACGGCGUCGUGCACUGCCGCGCAGCCCUCGCCGGCCUCCAAUGAGACCGUCCACUUCACUAAGCGUCAGACGACCGGCAAUGGCUGGGAUCUGGACGGCAAGUCCUACGACUACGUGAUCAUCGGUGGUGGCACCGCCGGUCUUGCGCUGGCCGGCCGCCUCACGGAGGACAAGUCCAACUCGGUGGCCGUCAUCGAGGCUGGUAACUCGGGCUACGACGACGAUGAGAAGUUCACCGUUCCCGCUGCCAACCUGUACGACUCGUCGGUCAACACCCAGUACGACUGGCAGUGGAAGACCACGAAGCAGAACUACAUGAACGGCCGCCGCGCCUCAUGGCCCCGCGGUAAGGUUCUGGGUGGUAGCUCGGCCAUCAACGGUCUUUACUACGUCCGCAACAGCAAGAAGGAGCAGAACAUCUGGAACGACCUUGCUGGUGGCAACUGGGACUGGGACUCGUUCCUGUCUGCGAUGAAGAAGAGCGAGAACUUUGGCACUCCCCUCAGCAGCGUCGCCGACCAGGCCCACAUCGAGUACGAGUCGAGCUCCCACGGCCACAACGGCCCCCUGCACACCACUUGGUCGGGUAUCACCCACCCUCCGAUCGGCGCCUUUGUCAAGUCGGCCGACUCGGUGUUGGGCGAGAUCAACCACGACCCGUACAACGGCAACAACUGGGGUACCUACGUGGCCACCUCGACCAUCAACAAGGACGACUGGACGCGCAGCUUCUCGCGCAACGCGUACCUUGACCCCGUUUCCCGCCGCUCGAACCUGCACGUCCUCACUGGCCACCGCGUGACCAAGAUCCACCUGGACCGCUCGAACCCCGACAACGUUGUGGCGACCGGCGUUGAGUACGCUGCUAGCAGCGACGAGGACCGCCACACCGUGCACGCCAACAAGGAGGUUAUUGUGAGCGGUGGUGCGAUCAACACCCCCCAGAUCCUUCAGCUCUCGGGUAUCGGCCCCGCGAGCCUGCUCAAGAGCCACAACAUUGACGUCGCGGUCGACCUGCCCGGUGUCGGUGCGAACCUGCAGGACCACCUUUCGGUCGGCAUGUCGUUCAAGCCCAAGAAGAAGUCGGAUGUCGGCCCCUCGUCGCUCACUGGCAACGCCAAGAAGGACUCGUACGUGAACGCGGCUGUGUCGUACGUCGGCAUGGACAAGCUCUUCAAGGACCCCGACUCGUUCGUCAGCAAGAUCCAGAACAGCGUCGAUGGUAUCAUCAGCGGCUUUGACGCCCCCAGCGCUGUGAAGAAGGGUAUGCGCAAGACCUACUCGGCCAUUGUCAACGACAUCUACCCCUCGAAGGUGGCCCCGCUCGAGAUCCUCGGCAACGUCAUGUUCGGCAGCAUUUCGAUCCAGGCCGCCCUGCAGCACCCCAUGUCGCGUGGCUCGGUGAAGAUCACGAGCAAGAACCCCUUUGCCAACCCCAACAUUGACCCCGGCUACCUCUCGCAGAACACUGACCUGGUGAUCCUGCGCCAGGGUGUCAAGCUGAUCCGUAAGCUCGCCCAGCAGUCGCCGCUCAAGGACCUGAUCGACUACGAGCAGAACCCCGGCAGCAACGUCCAGAGCAACGACGACAUUGAGAACUGGGUGCGCCAGGUCGGCGGUACCGAGUACCACCCCAGCUGCACCUCGUCGAUGCUCCCCCGCUCGCAGGGCGGUGUCGUCGGCAACGACCUCAAGGUGUACGGCACGUCGAACAUCCGUGUCGUCGACGCCUCGGUCCCCCCGAUUUCUUUCUCGACCCACCUGAUGUCGGUUACCUACGGCAUCGCCGAGGUUGCUGCUAACCUCAUUGGUGGCAACUAA